AUGGACGCCCUGAACCACUCAGACCGCUCCGACAUGUUCCAAGACCACGAGCUGAUUGAGGCCGUCCUGCAAAAACCAGAGGAUGGCGCGCGCCUUAACGACUCAGCUGGCUCGCGACUCAGCUCCAUCUUCGUCCCACAGCACAGCCUGCGCUCAACUGGAAAUCUCAGUCGCCCGGUAAGCAUCGUCUCCAACUCUAAGCGCAGCAUUGCUCUUUCCCAGGAAAAACUCAGCGAUGUUGUUGAGCCGCUCGUAGAGGAGAAAGUGGACUUACUGAGAUUUGAACAUCUGAAAUUCCACGUGUAUGUGUUAGCGUUGUUUUGUGUGUGUUCGCUGGUGUUGGGAUCUUUAUCAAUACAGUUGACGUUGGCGCUAGCAUCGCAUCAUACGUCGACUCGUGACAGACGGACAGUAAUUGACGCUAAUUUGACCUACGACACCGUGACAGAAGUGGCGACGGCCCUGUCGACGUUCGUGGUGACGUUGGAUAUAACGUGUCUACUGGUCUGUUCUCUCCAGUGUUUAGUGGUCGUCAAACUGCUCAAAGUCAGCCUCGGAGAAGAAAGGGCGGCGAAGUUCCUGCGUGACUGCUCCAGCUCCCGGUUCAUCGCCGUCACCGGCUUCUUUGUCUCCAUACCCGCAUUCCUUGUAGCACUGAUUCUGUUUAUGAUAUCCACGUUCACCUCAGCAGCGGCCCUCACGGCUACUGUUGUCCUCGCUGCCGGGGCUUUGUUCUGUGUUCUCAGCGUCAUGCAGAACGUCUACCAUUUGCGUUUGGAAAGAGCACGUGGUUUGUCAGGACUUCCGGUGUUUGACCACACUUCCCAUCUACUCGGGUCUGCAGGAGACGCACGCCAGAAGGAACUGUCCACGCUCGUGUAG